AUGUCUUUCUUAUAUUUCAAUGAAGAAGAAAAACACUACCAGAACAUUUUGAUGCAGAUGGAUUUGACUGGCUUCAAUCCGGACACUAGUCACGCCAUAGCCGGUGAUGCGUCAAAUCAUAGCUGUAGUAACUACAAUACAUAUACAUAUCCUACAGCCCAGAACGACGCAACUCAACACCAAAAUUAUUUGAACGUGAACCAUCAACCACCACCACCAACCUACCAUAGAGUAGAGCUGUAUCCCAACAAUGGGGACACGAAUAACAUGCCAUACCAUCAAGGAUAUUCCACGCAAGAUCCUGGUGAAAUUGUAAACCACCUUGCAAUAAGAAAACCAAAACGCCACAGGACGGCAUUUACAACGGACCAGUUGACAGCCCUAGAGACGGAGUAUCAAAUAGCACAGUAUAUAAAGCGUAACAGAAGGAUCGAAUUAUCGCAAAUACUAAAUUUGACUGAGAGAUCAAUCAAAAUUUGGUUUCAAAAUAGAAGAAUGAAGGCGAAGAAAGAAAGAGAAGCAAAUUCAUUGGAAACUGAAGUUUCAUCAUCUCGACGUAGUGAAAAUUUAAAUUUACAAUUUGUUUAUAAUGAACAGGAUUUGACUGGCUUCACUCCCGACGCUAGUCAAACCACAGCCGGUGAUGCGCCAAAUCAUAGUUGUAGUAACUACAAUCCAUAUCCGUAUCCUCCGGCCCAGCCUGAUGCAAGUCAACACCAAUAUUAUCACAACGUGAACCAUCAACCACCAACACCAACCUACCAUAGAGAAGAGCUGUGUCCCAACAAUGGGGACACGAAUAACAUGCCAUAUCAUCAUGGAUAUUCCAUGCAAGGUCCUGUUGAAAUUGUAAACCAAUGUGCAGUAAGAAAACCAAAACGCCACAGGACGGCGUUUACAACGGACCAGUUGACAGCACUAGAGACGGAAUAUCAAAUAGCACAGUAUAUAAACCGUGAGAGAAGGAUCGAAUUAUCGCAGAUACUAAAUUUGACUGAGAGAUCAAUCAAAAUUUGGUUUCAAAAUAGAAGAAUGAAGACGAAGAAAGAAAGAGAAGAAAACACAACACCCCAUUCUUUGGAAACUGAAAUUUCAUCAUCUCAACGUUGUGAAAAUUUAAAUUUAUUUAGUUAG